AUGGCUGCCAACACUAGAUAUGAGCCCGCACCGCAGCGCGACUCUUUCGAAGAGCGUGCUUACACUCAGCCCCCGCCUUCUUAUCAGGCAACUGCCGAUUACACACAGGCGCCUCGCAGCGAAGACGACAACGUUCCCGAUGACUUCAAGUUCGGCGGCACUGUGGCGGAGGGCACCCUGCCCAUUCGUAUGCAGUUCAUCCGCAAGGUCUAUGCGAUCCUGACGGCCCAACUCCUCCUCACGACGGUGAUGAGCUCGAUCUCCUUCUUCAGCCCCAGCUACCGGACCUGGAUCCAGUCCAACUUCUGGGUGAUGAUCCUCUCGGUGUUCGGCGCGCUGGGCUUCAUGCUGGUGACCUACUGGAAGCGCAAGUCGUACCCAGCCAAUUUACUGUUCUUGUCUGGUUUCACGAUCAUGGAGGCCUACUCUAUCAGCGUGGUGACGUCGCUGUACGAGAGCCGGAUUGUGCUGCAGGCGCUGGUGAUCACGCUGGGCCUGUUCGUCGCCCUGACGCUGUUCGCGUGCCAGACCAAGUACGACUUCACGCACUGGAUGCCCUACCUCUUUGGCGCGCUGUGGUUUUUGAUCCUCUUCGGCUUCAUGGCCAUGUUCUUCCCCGGCAACAGCACCGUCGAGCUCGUCUACGGCGGCGUCGCCGCCCUCGUCUUCGCCGGCUACAUCCUCGUCGACACCCAGCUCGUCAUGCGCCACUACCACGUCGAGGAGGAGAUCGCCGCCUCCAUCUCCCUCUACCUCGACAUCCUGAACCUGUUUCUCGCCAUCCUGCGCAUCUUGAACAGCCAGAGCAAUAACUAGGCUCCUGGGUUCGGCGCCAGGCAGGGUUUCUUGGCUUAGGCUCAGGCUUGACUGCGGCUAGCUACUAUCCCUACCUUACUCCCUCCCACUCCCAUGAACCACCCCCAAACAACACCAACGAAAAGAAACCAUAAACCCACUACACCAAAUCCAAACAAGACUGCCCAAAUAACAUAACGAAAUGGAGUUUCUUGCUCUUGUUGCUUUGCUUUGCUUCCCUCGCCCUUAAUCAGGCCUUGCUCCGUUGUAUUCCUCUAAACCUCCACUUUUUACCUAAUCCAUCGGCCCUAGGGCUUGUUUACUCGAUAUAGUCUUUUUCCGUGUGCUUGAUCCCAAGAUCAUCUCUGAAUUAGCCGUCUUGCUAUCGCUUCUUUUCAUACAACCAGCAUAUUUGCUCUUGAAGUCCCGUGUACCCAUCCCCCUUCUUCCAUC